AUGAUGGAGGAAUAUUUACCAGAAAUGCAGAGCAUGCUGGAGCCAGUCCAUCUGUCAGAUGACACUUCUUCCAGGUCUCCAGAUAACGAGAAGACUGAUAAAACAUCUGGAAUGGAGGAUUGCUCAAGCAUCAGUCAUACUGGAGAUGAUACUGGUGCCUUGGAAAGAGAAUCCAGGUUGUUACCCUCGGACCAGGAUUCAGCAGCUAUUGGCAUAAGCAGCAAUGAGGCCCUGGCAGAAAGACAGGAGCAGCAGUGUGGAGAGGCAGAGUGCUCUGCCAAUACUUGCUCUGAAACAAAAGUAGAAAACUCCACAAAACCAGAACAUUUGUCUAAUGAAGAUUUUAAACUACAAGAUCCAAAACCCAAUCAGACAGAACAAUCAUUAAUGGAAAUAUUACAGGAACUAAGGGAGGAGUCUGACUUUGUGCAAAAAUCGAGGGAUAAAAUCUACUCAGAAAGCCCUUAUGACACAGACUGCACAAAGAAGCUUAUUUCCACAAUACAUCAGACUUCCUCACAGGAGGAUUUGCUAAAGGAAAUAGAGUCUGAACUCUUAUCUACAGAUUUUUCAAAGGAACGAAAAGUCCCCAAUGGUGUGCGGAAGGGUGAACAUGCCUUGGCUGUGUUUGAAAAAUGUGUGCAAGAUAAAUACCUGGAGCAAGAACAAACUAUAAAGAAUUUGAUUAAAGAAAAUAAAAAACAUCAGGAACUAAUUUUGGAAAUAUGCUCAGAAAAGGACAACUUAAAAGAUGAAUUGAAAAAACGAACAGAAACAGAGAAGCAGCACCUCAACAUCAUUAAACAGCUGGAAGCAAGAAUGGAAGAGCUUAAUAAAGAAGUAAAAGCUAGUAAAGACAGACUUUUAACUCAAGAUGCAGCAGCCAAAAAUGCUAUUCAGCAGUUGCAUAAAGAGAUGGCAUUUCGAAUGGAACAGGCAAACAAAAAAUGUGAGGAAGCACGACAUGAAAAGGAAACAAUGGUGAUGAAGUACGUCCGAGGGGAGAAGGAGUCACUCGACCUCCGAAAGGAAAAGGAGAUACUUGAGAGAAGAGUGAGAGAUGCAAACAAAGAAAUAGAAAAGCAUACUAACAAAAUCAAACAACUUUCUCAGGAAAAAGGAAGAUUGCACCAGCUUUAUGAAACUAAGGAUGGUGAAGCCACUCGACUCAACAAAGAAAUAGAAAAGUUGAAAGAAGAAAUCAAUUCUCAUGUUAUCAAAGUAAAAUGGGCUCAGAACAAACUGAAAACAGAAAUGGAUUCACACAAGGAAACCAAAGAACGCCUCAAAGAUGCAAUGGCAAAAUUAACUGAAGCAAAAGAAGAGGGAGACCAGAUACGGAAAAACUGUCAAGAAAUGAUAAAAUCUUACCAAGAGUCAGAAGAAAUUAAAUCAAAUGAGUUGGAUGCAAAACUACGACUAACUAAAGGAGAACUAGAAAAACAAAUUCAGGAGAAGUCUGGUCACCUGGAGGUGCAUCAUGCAAAAAUAAAAGAACUGGAAGACCUGAAGAGAACAUUUAAAGAAGGCAUGGAUGAGCUUCGAACACUGAGAACAAAGGUAAAGUGUCUAGAGGAUGAGCGUUUAAGAACAGAAGAUGAGUUAUCCAAGUAUAAAGAAAUCAUUAAUAGACAGAAAACUGAAAUUCAGAAUUUGCUGGACAAAGUCAAAACUGUAGAUCGUCUGCAAGAUCAACAUCAGAGAGAUGAACAAGAAAUCAGUGCUUUAAAGGAAGAAGUUGAUGGUUUCAAUUCUCUGAUUGCUGAUCUCCAGAAGGACAUUGAAGGUAGUCGGAAAAGAGAAUCUGAGCUAUUGAUAUUCACUGAAAAAUUAACCAGUAAGAAUGCACAGCUUCAGUCUGAAAACAAUUCCUUGCAGAGCCAGUUGGAUAAGCUUUCUUACAGCGAAAGAGAGCUGCAGAAUCAGCUGGAAUGUGUUCAGCAGAAUAAAGAUGAUCUGACUGCCAAGUUACAGAAGGAGGAGGAUCAGCGAAAGCUGGAGGUGGAGACACUACAGGCUGAGCUAGCUUCAGAGCAGAAAGAACUUACAGCACUGAAGACCCGUGUGGAUGAACUGAAAGAUGAACUGGCUACUCAGAAGCGCAAGCAUGCAGCAAACCUGAAAGAUCUCACAAAACAACUUCAGCUAGCACGGAGGAAAUUGGAUCAGAUAGAAAAUGGUAAUUAUGACAAAGAAGUCAGCAGCAUGGGGAGCCGUUCCAGUUCAUCAGGGUCCCUCAACGCACGCAGCAGCAACGAGGAUCGGUCGCCGGAGAACACUGGAUCUGCAGUAGCUGUGGAUAGCUUCCCAGAGGUGGACAAGUCUGUCUUGGUUGAAAGAAUACUGAGGCUACAGAAGGCACAUGCUCGAAAAAAUGAAAAGAUGGAGUUUAUGGAGGAUCACAUUAAGCAGCUGGUGGAGGAAAUCAGGAAAAAAACGAAAAUUAUUCAGAGUUACAUUUUGCGGGAAGAAGCUGGAACGCUAUCAUCAGAGGCCUCUGACUUCAACAAAGUACACUUGAGUAGACGGGGUGGGAUUAUGGCAUCUCUGUACACAUCUCAUCCUGCAGAUAGUGGGCUCACGCUGGAACUCUCCUUAGAGAUCAACAGGAAGCUGCAGGCUGUGUUAGAAGAUACAUUACUGAAAAAUAUCACGUUGAAAGAAAACCUUCAAACUCUAGGAACAGAAAUAGAACGGCUUAUUAAACACAAGCAUGAACUGGAACAGAGGAUAAAGCAGACAUAACUAAAACUUUCGUGGAGUAACCAACGGGAAGAUGCAGAAAUGGCAGGUGCUACAGACCACUGGGUUUUUACAUUUUUCCUGA